UCCCUUUCUCUCAGGAAAUCCAUAAUCUAACUCAAGAUUUCCUGUUUACACCUGUCUUCCACUGCCCUUCUCUCAGUUAAGCUUUUUAUUAGUUUUAGCCAUCUGGGUGUUCCUAAAAAAUGGCAACAAUUAUCGGAAAUGGUCACCAGAAUGGUUCUUUAGAGGGUCUGUGUAUAACUCGUGAUCCACUGAGUUGGGGAGUGGCUGCUGAGUCAAUGAAAGGUAGCCAUUUAGAUGAAGUGAAGAAGAUGGUGAGUGAAUAUAGGAAACCUUUGGUCAAGUUAGGUGGCGAGACCUUGACUGUAGCUCAGGUGGCUGCUAUCGCCAGUCAUGAUGCCGGUGUUAAGGUGGAGCUUGCUGAGUCAGCCCGAGCUGGGGUUAAAGCUAGCAGUGACUGGGUUAUGGAUAGUAUGAAUAAAGGAACUGAUAGUUAUGGUGUUACUACUGGUUUUGGAGCUACUUCCCAUAGAAGAACCAAACAAGGUGCUGCUCUGCAAAGGGAGCUUAUUAGAUUCUUGAAUGCUGGGAUUUUUGGCAAUGGAACAGAAACAUGUCACACAUUACCUCACUCUGCAACAAGAGCAGCAAUGCUAGUGAGAAUCAAUACUCUUCUUCAAGGUUACUCAGGCAUUAGAUUUGAAAUCUUGGAAGCCAUUACUAAACUCCUCAACCACAAUAUCACUCCAUGCUUGCCUCUCCGUGGCACAAUCACUGCUUCAGGAGAUUUAGUUCCAUUAUCUUAUAUUGCUGGAUUAUUAACCGGCCGGCCUAAUUCCAAAGCCAUUGGCCCACAGCCUAAAGAAGGUCUUGCUCUUGUUAAUGGCACAGCAGUUGGUUCUGGGUUGGCUUCUAUGGUUCUAUUUGAAGCAAAUGUUCUUGCUGUCUUGUCAGAAAUAUUAUCAGCAAUUUUCGCCGAAGUUAUGAAUGGAAAACCUGAAUUUACUGAUCAUUUGACACAUAAAUUGAAGCACCAUCCUGGUCAAAUUGAAGCUGCAGCUAUAAUGGAGCAUAUUUUAGAUGGUAGCUCCUACAUUAAAGCUGCUAAACAAUUACAUGAAAUUGAUCCAUUGCAGAAACCAAAACAAGAUCGUUAUGCUUUAAGAACUUCUCCUCAAUGGUUAGGCCCUCAAAUCGAAGUUAUUCGAUUUUCUACUAAAUCAAUUGAAAGAGAGAUUAACUCUGUCAAUGAUAAUCCUUUGAUUGAUGUUUCAAGAAACAAGGCUUUACAUGGUGGAAACUUUCAAGGCACACCAAUUGGCGUUUCAAUGGAUAAUGCACGUUUGGCUAUUGCUUCAAUUGGGAAGUUAAUGUUUGCUCAAUUUAGUGAGCUCGUAAAUGAUUUUUACAAUAAUGGGUUGCCUUCAAAUCUUUCUGGAGGAAGAAAUCCGAGUUUGGAUUAUGGAUUCAAAGGAGCUGAAAUUGCAAUGGCUUCAUACUGUUCUGAGCUUCAAUUUCUUGCUAAUCCAGUUACUAGCCAUGUGCAAAGUGCAGAGCAGCAUAAUCAAGAUGUGAACUCAUUAGGGUUAAUUUCUUCAAGAAAGACUCAAGAAGCCAUUGAUAUUUUGAAGCUUAUGUCUUCAACUUUCUUAGUAGCACUAUGUCAAGCUAUUGACUUGAGGCAUUUGGAAGAGAAUUUGAAGCAUGCAGUUAAAAAUACCGUAACUCAAGUAGCUAAAAGAGUUUUAACUACUGGUGGUAAUGGAGAACUUCAUCCUUCAAGAUUUUGUGGGAAAGAUUUGCUUAAAGCUGUCGAUCGCGAACAAGUGUUUGCCUAUAUUGAUGAUCCCUGUAGUGCUACAUAUCCUUUGAUGCAAAAACUAAGGCAAGUUCUUGUCGAACAUGCCUUGGCGAAUGGCGAAAAUGAAAAGAAUGCUAGCACUUCAGUUUUCGAAAAGAUUGGUGCUUUUGAAGAAGAAUUGAAAACCCUUUUGCCUAAAGAAGUUGAAAGUGCAAGAGAAGCAUAUGAGAGUGGAAGUGCAGCAAUUGGCAAUAAGAUUAAGGAAUGCAGGUCUUAUCCUUUGUAUAAGUUUGUGAGGGAGGAGUUAGGUAGUGGAUUGCUCACCGGAGAGAAAGUCCGGUCACCUGGAGAGGAGUUUGACAAGGUUUUCACUGCUAUGUGUGAAGGAAAGAUUAUUGAUCCAAUGAUGGAAUGUCUCAAGGAAUGGAAUGGUGCUCCUCUUCCAAUUUGUUAAGUGUAUUUUUCUUAAAUUUUUGGGUUUUUUAGUUUUCUUUUGCAGUUCAAAAUUUCUUUUCCCAGUCCCUUCUAUGUACUUAAAAGUUUGAUGAUGGGAUGUACUAAAGUUUGUGAUAUAACAAUCAAUAAUUAAUGCAUUUCUUUCUUCAAUCUUUAA